AUGAAUAAUUGGAUUGUAGAGAAGCGACCUUGGGAUAGGAAAUUUUUUCCUCUGGAUCAUUUGAUAUUGGUGGAUGUUGAAGGCUUGCCUCUAUGUGCAUGGAGUAAAGAAGCUUUCAGAAAGAUAUUUGUUAAAUGGGGAAGUAUAGUCCAUCUUGAAGAUGAAUUGGGUGAGGAUGUAUACAAAAACCAGAUUUGUAUUUUAUCCACUUUCCAAGAAAUUAUAUCGGAAGUAUUCAAAAUUAGUAUUGAUGGACAAGUAUUUUUGGUUAGAAUAAAGGAAGCCUUCGGGUGGACUCCAUCUUUUGCUUGGGACAACAAUAAGUUCGGUAGUGAAAGAAUAAGUGAUCAUGGCAAUUUCCAAGAAGACUAA